AUUAAGGACACACAAGAAACAUGCACGCCAGUGGUGUUUUGCAUUCCGGUGUCAACAAUAAGCCCUCGGUUUUCGUUUCCAGGGAAACAUUUACUGGGAAACGAUGUCGAGGAAGAAACACAAUAUAUCUUACAUAAAACCGGAAGAGCCCAAGUUUCUGAGGGAACUCAAAGCUGCUGCUGGGUAUAAGGAGGGUCCUGAUGUGGAUACUAAGAGAGAACUUCCAAACAUUUCCGACGACGAAGAUGACAAUUUCGACGGUGAAAAACCGAUAGUUGUCGUGUUGAAACAGGGAGAUAUGACCGCCGAGGAGGCUGACGAUUUCGAAAAGAAGAAAAAAGCAGAGGAAGAAAAUGCACCGGCAGACCUCUCGAAACGAAUAAUCUUCGAGUCGAAACGAAAAUCAAAAUCCCAGGGUGAGGAUCAAGACUCCAAGAACGACUCCAAAAACAAGAAGAGUAAAAAAUCUAAGCAGACUAAAUCAGUCCUCUCAUUCGACCAAGAGGAAGACGAAUGAAGAAAUAACCAAUUUCAAUCUCAUAAUAAUUAUAUUAGACCACAGGACAUUGGAAAAUGAGUAUCUUAUUGGAUUGUACAGGGACUAUAUUGUAAAACUCGUCCAGAGCCUCAGAAAACUUAAAUAAAUAUUAACCAAAACGUUGUGUGAUGAUUUUCCAAUUUCCCAUGAUCUAAUAUAAUUGAAAAAACAUGGAAAUUAACUAUAAUAUCGAAGCCUCACAAUAUUUUGUACAUACAAUUGUCUUCAAACACAUAAUUCCUUGUUACCAAUAAAAAGAAUGACUAAAAAAACUGUUAA